AUGCUGCCAAGGAAAAGGGUAUUUAUACAUCUAUAUAAUAACAUAUGUGAAUUUGGUAUAAUUAAAGAGAAAAGGUUUUAUCAUAAGAAGAAUGAAGAUUUAUACAAAUACAAUCAAGCAUAUGCCUACAAGACGAAGAAAAAAGGAAAGAUCACAAAAGCUAUAGAAAUAAAUAAGGAAAUUUUAAAUGAAAGUAAUAAAAAUGUAUUGGACCUUAUAAAAAUUAUUGAGAAGAAUGAAGAAUAUAUGAAUAUUAUUAAUUAUGUAACUUUUUUUCAUAGAGUUAUGCAAAUCAUAAAUAAAAAUAAAGAAAUAUAUAUAAAAUAUAAAAUAUAUAUUAAUAAAACAAUAGAACAAAAUGUAAAUAUUAUUUUUGAUUAUUUAAAAGAUACAAAUAAUAGUUUAAACAAAAUAAAUAAUUAUAAUAAAAGAUUAUUUUCUUCUUUUAUAUGGUCAUAUAGUAAAUAUAUUUCUUUCCUAAAUAAAAAGAAUAAAUAUUUUUCGAUUGAUAAUAAACAUAAAUUAUUAUUAAACAAUAAAUUUACAAAUGGAAGUUUUCAUAAUAUUAUAAAUUAUAAUAUUCAUAAAGAUACUAUAUUACCAAGUUGUGAUAUAAUAAAAAGAUAUGAAGAUAUAAAUAUAUCCUUAAUACAACCAAGUAAUAUUUCAAAUAGUAAUAUAAAUCAUAUAUAUCAAGUAAAUAAAAGUACAAACCAUAAGAUAUGUAAUUCUCAUAUUAUAUAUAAAUAUUCAAUAUUUAAUAAAAUUAAUAUUGAUUUAUUAUUUUCUUAUGCUAAUCAAUAUUUACCUCUCUUAAAUCCGUCACGAUAUGUUAUUGUGUUUUGGUCUUUAAGUAAAUUAAAUAAAGACAAUAAAGUUUUGCACCAAAAGUACUACAAAAAAAGUGUUAGCCUCAUACCCUUAUUAAAAUAUAAAGAACUUAUAAUAUUACUUUAUUCAUAUUCUUAUGUUAACUUUAGUAAUUUCUAUUUUUAUCUAAAUAUAAAAAAUUAUAUUUUGAAGCAUAAAAUAUAUAAGAAAAUAAUAAGUGAAAGAAAUUAUGAAUCACUUGUAAAUAUGUUAUUAUCUUUUAUGAACCAAAAUAUAUUAUUUCUUGAUUUAUAUGAAAAUAUAGUUAAAUAUAUUAUUUUUAAAAAAACGUAUACAUUUAUCAAUCUAUUAAAUAGUCAAGAACUCAUAACUCUUACAUAUUGUCUGUGUAAAUUUCCUAUUAUAUUAUUAGAUGAGCCACAACAAAACAAUAUGAAUAUAGAAAAAAAAUAUAUUAUUAUUAAUAAUAAUAAUAAUAUUAAAAAUAAUGUCCCAUUAUAUACACAUCAAAUAAUUUUUUUAUAUGAAUAUUUAAAAAAUGUUAUUAUCAAAAGAUCCAAUAUGAUCUUUAAAGAACAACUAGAUAUAAAUUAUUCAAUUUUUUAUAAAUCCAUUAUUAAUAAUAAUAUAUACACAUUAGAAAAUUUAAUUUUAAUUAUAUGGUCCUUAAGUUUUAAACAUAUAUACUCAGCUAAAUUAUUUCUAUACACAUUUAUUAAGUUAAAUUAUAUGAUGCAAAAUGAACAACUUAUUUAUAAUCAUUACAAUAUAUUAACUAAUUUUUAUUUAUCUUUUUUGUCCUUUAUAUUAGAAGAUCACCUUUUCAUUAAUUUAUAUUUUAACAAAGAAAAUCAUCAUUCUUUAAAUAUAUUAUAUCAAUAUAUAGAUAUGUUUCUAGAUAAUUUUAAAAGGUGCAAAGAAUCUAUAAAUAUGAAUAAACGAAAAUAUGAUGUCGAUAUAUCAAAUAUGCACAAAAAUAUUUACCAAAUUAUAAACGAUAUAAAGUUCCCUAAUAAAAUAAAUACAAUAUUGGAGUAUAAGAAUGUACAUAAUAUAUCCAUUGAUAUUUUAUUAUAUAAACCAAACUGUGUAUUACAAAAAAAUAUAUUUAUACUUAAUAUUAUAAAAGAUAAAUAUGAUACAUAUAACCAUUGUAUGUAUAACAAUAAUUCUCGUACGAAUACAUCAUAUGAAAAUUUAAAAAUUAAUAAUAUUUUAAUUACCAUGUGGAAUAAAAAUAAUAGUAUGAUUAAGAGUAAAGAGAAAGGACGAAUUAACAUUUGUAAAUAUUUUAGUUCAAUAAUAAAUUCUUCAAAGAAUAAUAUAAAGGGAACAAAGAAACAACAAAAAAUAAAAAUGAACAAAAACAGAAAAAUAAUUAAUAGUAAUAAUAUCUUUAAUGCGAAAUAUAUUAAAAGUUACUUUUGCACAAAUGUUCUAAAAUUGUCCAACAUGGAAAAGAAGAAUAAUAAUAAUGAUAAUUUAAAAAAUAAUAAGGAAAAUCAUUUAUUUAGGUUUAUAGAAAAGAUAAAAAAUUUUCAUUUGGAAAAUAAUAAAGAUCAAUUAUCGGAUACUUAUAAAGAAUUACAUGAUAUAUUAGAUAUACAUAUUAUAUAUAUGAAACAAUCUGACAUAAUAAGCUUUUUUUAUAAAUUCUCUUCUAUUCUCACCAUAUUUUAUACUAUAAAAUUUAUGGAACAUAUAAAUGAAUUGAUAAAGACGUUUUAUUAUUUCCAUAAUUUUACAUUUCUUUUUCUCAAAGAAACGAAUAUCCGAAUAAAUUUAUUUAUAGACAUAUGUUGGAUAUAUUUUAGGUACAUGAAAUUUUUAACAUAUAUAAGAAGGGAAAGAAAUAUGGAAAGAAAAUGCAUAAUUAUAAAUAAUAAUAAUAAUAAUAAUAAUAAUAUAUAUAAUAUAUAUAUAUAUAAUAAUGAUCAGAGCAAUAUACAAAACGUGCAAAGAAUCAAAUUAUAUAAUAAUUUAUUAACAUACCAAAGUUGUGAUAAUAAUGAAUCUAAUGUACUAUUAGAUCAAUUGAAUGUUAUUGACAAUAUUUUUAAUAUCGUAAAAAAAAAAAUAUUAGAAGAAGAUAAUAUCAUAAAAGGCAUAUCUUCAAAAAAUAUGAGUUUCCUUAUUUCCAUAUUUAUAUAUUUGAAUAAUUCUGAACAUAUAAGACAAUAUUUAGAAAAGAACAAUUUCCAUGAAACGGUAUUUACUAUAAAAGAUAUUCUUUUUAUAUUAAAAGCCCUUUCGAAAUAUAACAAUAAUAAUUAUAAUAAUAUUUGUAUGUGGGAUAUACAACACUUUUUUGUUAAUAAAUUUAUUGACAAUAUCAAAAAUUGUCAAGUACAAGAUUUAGUAGACUUUACGAAUUUAUGUGCAGAGUUAAAAGUAAAUCAAGAUCAUAUAAGUUCUAAUAUUAAAAACAAAAUAAUGUCUUACAUAUAUUGUGAAGCAAAUAAGGAAAACAAAAAUAUCGAAAAAAAAAAAUCUAUUCUUAAUCAUACAAUUAUAAUGAAUAUCAAUGAAAGAAAUAAUAAAUCAAUAAUGUUUAUAGAAUUAUUUGAUGAGAAACAACUAGCUUUUUUUGUAAAAAGUUGUUAUAGAAUGCACUGUUUUGAUAAAUCAUUUUUUGAUUUAUUAUGUGAUUUAAUAUUAAAAAAAUAUCGUACAUUUCAUAUUAAUAAUUUGUGUAUUGCUUUACUAUGUUUUUCUCGUAUAUAUUGUCUCCAUAAAGCAACAAAGUUUAUACAUAAAACGAGAGAUAUAAAAAUAAAGGAAUUUAUAAAUAUAAAUAAAAAUAAAAAAACAAAUAUAAUUACAAAUAAAUAUACAAAUAAAAAAGGAGAUGAUUAUUUAGAGAAGAAUAUAUCCAUGUGUAGAUAUGAUAUACCUUUAUCCUUAAAAAAGUUAAUAAUAUAUACAGAAAAAAAGUUGUUAUCAAAUACAAAUAUAGAUUUUUAUAAUUUAUCUUAUUUUAUGGAAAGCAUUACACUCUUAAAAAUCCAAAAUAAAAAAUUAUAUCGGCUAGCUCUCAAUGAAACACUCAAUAAUAUUAGGCAAAAAAUUUUUAAUGAACAAGAUACUAAAUUGUUGGGAAAAAUAUUGUGGUGUUUAUCUUAUUAUCAUAAAACGGAAUUUAUAUUUUCCUUCCACCUAAUUCAUUUUAUGCUACAAAAUAUGAUAUAUAAACAUAUAAUACCUGAAAAUUUUAUAUCCAUAUAUUUAUAUUUCAUUCAAUCUAGGGUAUAUAAUCCAAUAUUAUUUCAUAAUAUAGCUCAGGUUAUAUUAUCAAAAAUUACUUUAAAUGAUUAUUUUACCCAUAAUAAAAAUAAACAUGCGAAUAUAACAAAUGUCAAGUUAAAUGUAAUCAGUGAAUUAUAUGCAACUAUGUCAUGGGCAUAUGCUUUUGUAUAUAAUGAGACAUUAAAGAAAGAAGAAACAUAUAUGUUAAAUAAAGAAGAAAAAAAUGAAGUUACUACUUAUCCUUUAAAAAAAAGAGAAAAAAAAAUAGGUUAUACAGAAAAUAUAAAUGAUGAUAACAUAUUAUUUAAAACUAAAUCAUAUAAUGAUGAUGAAAUAAUGUAUAAUGAUUUAAAUUUUAUCCAGAAAAUAUAUUCGUAUAUUUUUAAUGAAAUAAAAAUUUUAGCAAAGAAUAAUAAUCUUUCCUUUUUAUUACUUGUACGAUUUUUGUGGGGAAUAUCUCUGACCAAUCUUAUAAGUAAACCUAUAAUAAAUUUUAUAAAUUUAUAUAACUGGAAUGAUGUAAAUACGAAGGAACAAAAUGAUAUGCAUUUGCAUAUGCUUUUUACGUUUUGGUUAAGAAUAAAAUAUGAUCAUUCCAAUUUACAGUUGUCAAAGAGCUUUAUACAAUUAAAAGAUGAAAUUUUUUUGCUAUUACAAAAACGUGAAUUUAAACGAAAUAUGAAUAAAAAUGAUCAUAUUUCUGACUUCCAUGUUCAAAUAUGUCAAAUAUUAGAUGAUUUAAAUAUAAGAUAUCACAACGAAUAUAUAACAAAAGAUCUUUUAUCUGUUGAUAUAAAACUUGAACAAAAAUGUUGUGAACAUAAAUUAGCUAUAGAAAUAGAUGGUCCAUCACAUCACUUCUUAGUUCUGAACGAAAUGGAAAAAGCGGAUCCUCAAAGGAUAAAAAAGACAUAUAUAAAAUGUGGUACAACCAUUUUCAAACAUUGGCUACUCCAAAAAAGUGGAUGGUCAAUUAUUAACGUAACAUCAUUUGAAUGGAAUAAAAUAAAUAAAGAUGAAAAAAAGAAACAUAUAAUUAAAAAAUUAAAAGAACAUGGAAUAGUUGUACAAAAACUAAAAAAUUAA